GCUUGUUUUGCCGCGCCGGCGGCAAGGAUUCGUGGUACGUCCGCUUUAAACCAGAGUAAAUAAAUUGUUAAUGCUUUCUUAGAACUGUUUAUUUGAACGUUUCAGCACAAACAACAUAAUUUUUAGCCUACGUCGCAAAAAAACAACAAUUUCUCAAGUCCAUGCAAGAGAACAAGACAGUCAAGUUUUGAGCCGGUGUCCCAGACUUUCUGUUUCACACAUCCAAGAACACAGUGAAGAGAAAUUGCUAGAAAUCAUGAGAUUAUCUGUUCGGUUCAACGACAAAUGGUUCGUCGUUCCUUGCGGAGAAGGUCAUAACACAGUUCAGUGGCUGAUUGAAGAAACAAUGCGCCGCUCAGAAGGCGCUCCUGGAUCAGAGAAGUCACCCUUAACCUCCCAAAACUUCGAAGCUCGUUUGGCUAAAGGUGGCGCGAUGCUAUAUCCGAACGAUGCCAUAAACGAAGUACUGGAUGACAACGAUUUUGUCCGUCUUUCCGCUGUUGGUGUUUCCACGGAAAAUGACCACACCUUAGUUGAUACUUUAAAGGAGGUGGCAGAGAACAGUCAGAACCAUGUCCAGUUUGUGGAGCUUGAUGGAUGCUCAUUGUCAACUGAAACUCUUGUGUCACUGGGAAAAGGCAAACUAAAAAUAAGGCUGACAGAAGAGGCUGAACAUAACGUCAAUAAAUCACGGGCACUAUUGGAUGACAUUGUUCGUGAAAAUAAAGUGGUGUAUGGUGUAACAACGGGAUUCGGGAAAUUUGCAAGUGUGGUAAUCCCCCGUGACAAACUUAAGGAGCUACAGGUAAACCUUAUAAGAUCACAUGCCGCCGGUGUUGGCCCACCUUUGUCAACGGAGCACACUCGAAUGCUGUUCGCUUUGAGAAUAAAUAUUUUGGCAAAAGGGUACAGUGGGAUCUCACUCAAGACGUUGAAACAGCUUGUGGCAGCCUUUAAUGAAUCGUGCUUGCCGUGGGUUCCUGAGCAGGGUACUGUGGGGGCAAGUGGUGACCUGGCCCCGUUGUCUCAUCUGGCUCUUGGUUUGUUGGGAGAAGGACAAAUGUGGAGUCCAAAGAGUGGCUGGGCUGAUGCUGGCUUGGUUCUCAAGGCGUAUGGUUUAGAGCCUCUUGAGUUGCAACCUAAAGAAGGACUCGCUCUGAUUAAUGGCACUCAGCUGAUAACUUCUCUUGGGGCAGAAGCUGUUGAACGAGCUCGGCUGAUAGCCAAGCAGGCCGACGUGAUCGCUGCCAUGUCGCUUGAAGUGUUGAAAGGAACCUCGAGAGCUUUUGAUGCUCUUAUCCAUCAAGUGCGCCCACAUGUUGGUCAGCGUCGAGUCGCUGAGAGACUGCGCUCUCUGCUUCAUUCAAGCAUGUAUCCCUCCGAGAUCGCAGAAAGUCACAGAUUCUGUAACCGCGUUCAGGAUUCCUACACAUUGCGCUGUUGUCCACAGGUCCAUGGAGUUGUGAAUGACACCAUUGACUUUGUGCAAGACGUGAUCACAACAGAAAUAAACAGUGCCACAGACAACCCAAUCGUGUUUGCUGAUCAGGGAGAAGUCAUUUCAGGCGGAAACUUUCAUGGCGAAUAUCCUGCUAAGGUAAGUAAAUAUUUUUAUAUUUCUACUAAUUCAACUAACUGCCUUGAAAUCUUAGUUUCAGAGAACAAAGUCCUGUGCCACCCCUCCUCAGUAGAUUCAUUGUCCACAGCAGCUGGUCAAGAAGACCAUGUGUCUAUGGGAGGUUUUGCUGCGAGGAAAUCUUUAAGCGUUGUUAGAAAUGUGGAGAGAGUUCUUGCUAUUGAAUUACUAGCAGCUUGUCAAGGAAUCGAGUUCCUGCGGCCAUUGAAGACAACAGAACCACUUGAAGCCGUUCAUUCGCUCGUGCGGAAAGUCGUCAAGUCCUGGGAUAAGGAUCGUUACAUGGCACCUGACAUCGAAGCUGUAUUAAAGCUUGUGGUGGAUGGCAAGAUCUGGGAUGUGGCCUCACCGUUUAUGACGCACUACACUAACCGCAUGACGUGUCACGAACUACCUACUAACAUACUGUCGCCAACAGCAAGCGUCUUGUCGGAUUGUCCUCCGCCGGAGAAGAAGAUGAAGUUAAACUAAGAGUGAUAGGUCUUACACAUAUUACACCCCCCCCCCUGCUCCCCCACCCCUCAUCUGCUUGGAGACUUUGUAGAUCGUGUUUAUGGAGCAAACCAGUUAUAUUAAUCAAACUAUUUUAAUCAAACCUAUUCAGUUGAGAAAAUGUUGUACAGGACACGUUUUGUGAAAUGGCGAACAGAAAGGAGUGUUACGCUAUAUAACUUAUGAAGCGGUUAACUUUACCAGCAAAGGAGUUUAUACUUGUGUACUAAUUGUAAUCAGCGUAUUUAUGCAAAUGUUAGAAAGUAAACUGUUUUGCUUCUCAUAAAGGUUAAGUUAAAAUUGCAACAUGUAUUUCCUUCAACUUAAUUUGCUGUUACAGUGUUUAAAAUUUGUGCUUACUCAUACCUAUGACGAAAAAAAGUUCUAAUGUUGGUUUGUAAAUAUAUUUUAAGUCUCACAGAACAUUGUAAUUUUUAAUUUAAAGAACUUCUGUGUUUUCUGUGUAAAUUUCAGAGACAAAUAUUUGCUGUCAUUGAAUAUACGCAAGCUUGAAGCAAGUUACAAAGUAGCAUACUGGGUUUUUUUUUCGUAUACGUUUCAUUUAGGGUAGUUUGCACACACGGAUGUAAUGUUUACGUUGUAAAUAAAUCGGCUUAUUUACGCUU